AGAGGGAGAGAGAAUCCCAAGCAGGCUCUGCACUGUCUAGUAUAGAGCUUGACGUGGGGCUCAAACUCAGGAACCAUGAGAUCAUGACCUGAGCCAAAAUCAAGAGUUGGAUGCUUAACCGACUGAGCCACCCAGGCGCCCCUAAAGUGUAAGUUUUAUAUGUUUUCUCUAAGUAUUGAAGUGGAUUCCAUCUUUGUCAUUUCAGAAUGUAGGCAGAACCUGAUGAUAUGGAAAUGAAGACUCAGAGUUUGUUGUAAUGAUACUCCCAAGUAUUUUCAUCCAAAGUAAAUAUUAACUUUAAUAUUGCUUUUAACCAAAGACUCUACUUCUCAAACUGGAGCACACAUAAUCCCAGGAUGUGCAAAAGCAUGACUGAUGGUAUUUGAAGCAGUAAUUGGCCAUCUUGGAUUCUCAGUUUUGCUUUUGGAUUUGGGAAAAUUUUUGCUUUUGUUUUUCUACUUAUGCUAAGUUGUAUGGAGUAUUAUAAGAUUAAAAACGAAUACUACUAUGUGUAUUCAUUGCUGUAUGCCUGUGACAAUGUCUGGCACCGAAUAGGCAUCUAUUAUUUGUUGAAUUGAGUGAAUUAUACAAAGUUCUCCUGCAUUUUAAAGGUAAACCAUGGCAGUUCAAGGAAGUGUUUUAUUUGCCAUAUGUAGCUUUGAGUAAUGCCUGCAGAUUCUGCAUUACUUCAUAUUCUUCUGCCAGGAGAGGUGCCUUAGGAAAAGAGUGCACUGAUCUAAGGCAAACACCUCUAAAAGGUUACAUGAACAUUUCCUAUUUGAGGUAAAACCAGAAAGAGUGAUUAGUAACAUUUCUUAUGGAUGAAAGGAUGAGUUCAUUGAUUGUACUGUCACAAACUCCAAAGGUAUAUGUGUCAAGCGGCAAAGAGAUACAUUCUUGGAUUCUAGGAGAAAGGAGAGUGUGAGUUUUCAGUAUGUAUGUGCUAGCCCAUUGUUUGUGUUAUGGAGGUGCAAACAGAAAGCAGGUAAACUAUCUCAAGUAGCUCAUAGUGUUUUGUUUGUCUUUCAGAGAACAUAAAUGUCCAGCAACAAAGGUAAACAUCAUAUGAUUAUAUAUAAAAAUGAGUCACACACUUCCAGAACUGUAGGGAGUAAUUUUAGAGAGUCCAUUGAGUUCUAAAGUGAUAGGGAAUGUUUUUUCACCAAUGCAUAUGGAGUAGGAGUCCAUAUAAAGACGUAAAUGGGAAUGACAUUAGCUUGUUUGCUGCCUUAGGACCUAUGUCAGAGUAACAGAGAUGCAGAAUACUGCCAUAAGGUUUAUCAUGAAGUUUAUAGCUUUCAGUUUAUUUUCCCCUUUGUUGGGCAAAGGACUUGGAAAGAAAAGGGGUGAGGUGGGGUGGUAAUGCACGACUUAGUGUACCUUCCAUUAAUAGAAAAAUGGGAAUAUGUUGGAAAACAUUUAUGACUAUUAUAAAGGAACACCAAAUCAAAAUUUUAAUUAACAGUGCUGUGUAGAGCCAUUUUGGCACCUGAAGUAAAAGGAAAAAUCAGUAAUUACUUAAAAUUUGGAUAUUUUAUUUAUCAUGGAUUUUACAUUAAGUCUUUAUUUUUUAAAAUACUGCAUUAAAAUGUUGAUCUUAAUAACUGAGUUUUUGGUGCUUUUUAAAAUUUUGCACCCAAGAUCAGUGCCUCACUCACAUUAUCGUAGUCCUUGGUAGGUCGAAAAGGCUUUCAGGGUUUCCUGGUCUCCAUCCUAAGAAUAUUAGGGAGAAAGGCCUGGAGUUGGAACCUGGUGAAGAUUUAGGUAAAGGGUGCUUCUUCGUGUAAAUGAAGAUGCUCGGAAGACAAGCAGAAUGAGCCGUACUGUUACCAACUUCAAGCAGAUAGUUAAACUGAAGUAAUUAAGGGCCUGGAAAUUAUUAGAUUAUGGGCUACUGCACAUGCUUGAGAUACCAACUGGUAGGUUAUGGCUUUGACCAUAAGAGUCCAAGCCUAUGUAGAUGUGAUAUAAUCAUUAAAGAAAAAUGAAUUACAUCCGGAUUUGUUGGUCUCUUGAACAAAUUGAUUCUUGUAGAAUUCAGACUGUCUAGAAAGUAUGGAUCUACAAAAUUUUCCACCUAUACUUUUGGGAUAAUGUUUUAAAAGAACUUCUUGAUAUUAAUUUCGAUGUAUCUUUUGACAUUUAAAUUUUGUUUUUAAAGGUCAGACUGUUUCUAUUAUUUGGAAAGGCCCUUAACACUUGAGGAUCUGUUACUAAGGAUGUUUUCUAAAAAGAUAAAUAUUGAUGCUAUGGCCCUUGAAAAUGACAUUAAAGGAGAGUGUUAGGCACAUUCUCAAAGGACCAUUCUGUUCAGAAGACAAACUGGAUAGAGUGUGGAACCCCUGAAAAAGAGGACACAAAACAGUACCUGAACAGCCAACCCCAGGACCUGUCAUUCCCUCUGUGAUACCACAUCCCUAUGUGGUAUGAAGACCUCACCACUCACUCAACAGUGACAAAACUGAGGGGAAUAAUGGCAGGUAACUGAAAUAUGGAAGAUGCAGACUCAUUUUUAUUCAAAUUUAAAGGAUAUCAUUUUGGUCGUGAAGAACUUGAUAUUGGAUUUAUAGAAAAUUUAGAUGAUUUUGUAAUCAGAGAAAGUGAUGUCUUCAUUAUUACAUACCCCAAAUCUGGAACCAGCUGGUUUCAGCAGUUAUUAAGCUUGAUUUAUUUUGAAGAACAUCGCAAAGGCAUUGGGAAUCUGGAAACAGUUGAUCGAGUCCCCUUCUUCGAGUACAACUUUCGAAAAAUGGAUUUUGUUGAAAGACCAUCUCCUCGUCUCUUCGCUACCCACCUCCCAUACUACUUGGUUCCAAGGGGGCUGAAGAACAAAAAAGCAAAGAUUAUUUACAUAUACAGAAACCCUAAGGACGUUAUGUGCUCAUAUUUCCACUUUUCAAAGAAUGUGACAUUACAAGUUACAAGUUCCUUUGAGGAAUUUAUGGAACAAUUUCUAGAAGGAAAAGUGUUGGGAAGCCUUUGGUUUGACCACAUCAAAGGUUGGUAUGAGCACAAAAGCCUCUUCAACAUUCAGUUCUUGAUGUAUGAGGAGAUGAAGAAGGAUCUCAAAGGUUCUCUGUCAAAAGUCUGCAAGUUUUUGGGGAAAGAGCUGAGUGAGGAGGAAAUGGAUGCCAUUGUGAGACAGGCCACAUUUCAGAACAUGAAGUAUGACCCACGGGCAAAUUACAAGAAUAUAAUAAAGACCCGAUAUGGGUUAGAAGCUAAAGGUCAUUUCCUUCGCAAAGGUACCAUUGGAGACUGGAAAAAUCACAUGACUGUUGAGCAGAAUGAAAGGUUUGACAAGAUUUUCCAAAGGAAAAUGAAAGAUUUUCCCUUGAAGUUCAUCUGGGAUAUGAAUGAAGAAUAGAAUUUUAAGCAAUGCAAACUAUUUUAAGAAAGCACUUUCAGAAAUAAAUAUAUUGAAGUGUAUAAUUUCAUCUUUGACUACCAUUGGCUCAUUAUUGACAAACCUCAGUGAUUAAUAAAUAUAUAUAUGUGCCUUUAUAUCAUUUUCCAUCUGUGCCCUGUUUUCCAUUUGCUGGAAUUCCUCAGUUACUGAUCAGGAGAGUAUUUCUUUCUUUGAUUUGGCAUAUGAUUAUGAAGUGGUUUUUGUUUUAUAUUCAGAAAUUCCAAAGCUCUUGAGCAAAAAGCAGGUCAUAACAGGUGGUUGAUUUGACAUCUUAAAAUAGAUGAUUCCUAAUGUAUGAAAAACUACUUAUGGGCUUUCUUGAUAUUUAAGAUUUUAAUUUUUAGGUAAUCAAAGAAGUCAACCUUUAAUUUUAUGGUUUCUAGGUUUUGUGUCUAACUUAGAAUAUUGCUACGACAAGUAUUUUCAUGUAUUCAUAAAGCUUAUCCUUAUUUAAUCUGAAUACUUAAUAUAUGCUGUAAGACCAGUAUCCUGUACUUUUCUAACAGCCAAUUGGCCCAAGGUCAUUUAUUUAAUAGCCACCAUUUUCCUAGUGAUUGAAAGAGACAUAAUCUUGUUUUAUACAAGUGUAUGUACAUGAGUUGACUUAUGCAAAAUAACAUAUUUUCUGAUGAUAUACUUUUCUUUUUCAUUACCAUGUCAUAAUUUCUAACAUAAGUUAAUAAACUGUCAUAAAGAGUUGUGUUGGAA